UCCCACACCAUCCUUCGAAAUCUCAGUUUGUGUCCAGAAUUCAUCAAAACAAGAUGUUUCGCUCAAUCACGGCAGUUGCAAUUAUCCUCAUCAUAGCCAUUUCGGAAGCAGCCGACCCGGACAAGGACUUUGUCUUCCCGGACCUCCAAGAACUCGGCCUCGGCGAUCGCUGCACGGUCAAGGGAUACCAGGGUGGUCCCCAGCUGGUGGGAGUAUGUCGUCGAGUUCGCGACUGUGCCACCUUUCCGCAGCGCGUGAUUCAACGGCAGUUUAACUUCUUCGACGAUUUGUGCUACUUCGAGGUGCACGAUCCGGUCGUUUGCUGUCUGAGUCCGGCGGAUGCCUCCCGGGGAGGGUCGAGGAUCGCGCAGGAAGAUCAGUGGCCAGAGUACGAGCAGAUUAACGCGGUGUGAUUGCUCAGUGUACGAAACGGUUGAUGAGAAACGCGGAAUGAUUGAUCAAUAAAAGCUCAUUUGAAUCGUUUCUAAGAAA